AUGCGCACCAUCGCAAACAUUGUCCACUCGUCCUUUCGACGGGUCGAACGUGCAGCUGACUGGCUCACAGGAUGCGCCGGUCCCGUCUUUGUGGCCAUCUGCAUCACACUUGUCGCCGGCGGCAUAUGGACGUUCUUCACUACCAUGUUCCUAGAGCUUGCUCCUAUACCCAUCGAGCUUGCCAACCUUUUUCAUACCUAUUCUCCCGCACAUAUCGCCCUCGGUCUGGUUCCAACCGUGCUCGACUCGGCCACAAACGAUCCAAUCGCCACUCUGCGCUUCUUCUUCUGGCUAGCCCUGUGCAUCUUUGUAGUCUACAGCAUUGCGUGGCACUACUACAUGGCAUGUACUGUUCCGCCUGGUUCCGUAUGCCAUGGCCUCGGUGAUGCCGUUCCUGAAAGAAGAAGUGGUCCCGGAAGCAGCAUCUGGUGGGCGCGCUACAGAGCUAGAGCAGCCAAAGCGUCGGGUCCCAAACAGAUCGAUCUAAGUACAACUUCACCACAAAUACUGGCACAUGGUCAGCCAGAAGCUGCCGCACCAGUUCGAGUUUCUUCCGUGGCCGAUCUCAAAAAGCUCAACAAGGCGCUCGAUGGGCUCGACAGCAACAGAGCCAGAUCUGCCUCGGUCACAACCGCUUCCAGAUCAUCUUCUGUCCUUAAUCCGCCCUUGUCGCCGUCGCAUCGAACCUCGAGCAGCAGCGAUGCAGGUACUCCCAAAAUCUUGCCCAAAAGCGACCUCCCUCUUUCCAUUCACGAUCUCAACCCUGGCUUCAUCUCUACACCCGCCCAGCUCGACACGGAAUUUUCAACCAACAUUCUUUUUGCUCGACUCGCCGACCGCCAAAGUCAAGACAGCCUAGCUCUCGAGCCCGCUCUUGACCAACCUGGGGCAGAAGAUCACGACGAGAUCGACAACGAUGACUCCGACGACCAAGACCUCUUCCCCCUCGCAGGCAUGUGCUAUAAAUGUCCCCAGCUCCCCCUCGUCAAAGCCCUCACCGUGCUCCCACCUGAGCUGCGCAAAAUUGAGAAACAGAUUCGAACCAACAAGCCUUCCCAGACAUUCGACCCCAAACUCUCGGCUGACGACAUUGACGAAGGCGAAGCCGAAGUACGUCGUUGGUUGGGCGACGAAGCCUCGGUCAAGCUUGUCGCACCACCCAAACCCGAGCGAGCGCAUCACUGUCGAGCAUGCAAGACGUGCACGCUCAAGUUCGACCACCACUGUCCCUGGCUCAACCAGUGUGUGGGCCUGGGCAACGAGCGCUAUUUUGUACUUUUCAUGGUCUGGCUCAGUUUUGGCUGUGCGAUUGUCGUCGGCUCGGGCGUUGGAGUGAUGCGAAGAUCGUUGAGCUGGAGCGCGCAGUGGGACUAUGCGUAUACGCCGCGCGUAUUGGUGAUGCUUCUCUUCAUUCUAGCGCUCGUCAUGGGCCUCGCGCUAGCCGUGAUGGCCGCGUGGCAGCUGAUCCUCGUUUCGAGAGGUGAGACGAGUGUUGAAUCGCAGGACAAUUCGCACUACAGGCAGCUGGCUAAGAGCCGUGGCCAAGAGUUUGUCAAUGUCUAUGAUGUUGGUACGAGGCGCAACCUCGCCUUGUUUUUCAACGUAGGUCAGGGAUCCAAGUACAGUUGGUGGACCGUGCUGCUGCCGGUAAGAGUGCCGCCGUACUCGGAUGGAUGGCAUUUCGCCAAGAGGAGGGGCUUAGGUGGCAAACAUGCGGGCAUCGAGUUGCAAGAGCAGCUCACCGACGAAGAAUUCGAUGAUGAGCAUUACCAGGCGUCGACCAACGCAGAGCACAUCAAGGUGCCCACUCUUUAG